AGGACAGAAAGAGAUGGACAACCGAUCUCACGAUGUUCCACUCGACUUAGACAAUGAUUCAGGGAAAGAUGCCAAGGAGGAACUCAGAGAUUACCUGAAGAAGAGAAUUCUCAAAGAUUAUAAAGAUCAGAAUCAAAAUGAGAUUGACACAGAACUCUUUCUGAUAAAAGCUGUCGAAAGCAAGAAAGAUGAAACACAAAUUCUAAGAGGUUACAAUGAAAUAUUUGAACCUUCGAAGACAAACAGAAUGCGUACAGUUCUAAUGAAGGGUGAUCCUGGUAUCGGCAAAACACUUCAAAAAGAGAUGUUAAUGGUUGAUUGGGCAAAAGGAAACUCCAACAAAGACAUAGACUUGAUUGUGUCAUUUAAUUUCAAUCAGCUAAAUUCAAAAAGAAGCAAAUCUCUUAGCAUGGAAGAUCUGCUUAAGAGUUUCUUCAGUGAUAUUAAACCACGACAAGUUCCCACCUAUGACAAGUAUAAAAUAAUUUUUAUCCUUGACAGCCUGGAAGAAUGUAAACUUGAUCUUGACUUUGAAAAAGACAAGGACCUGACUGACAUAACAGAGCAAGCCUCAAUGGAUGUGCUGCUCAAAAGCCUCAUCAAGGGGACGUUGCUUCCCUCUGCUCAACUGUGGAUCAUCUCUCAACCUUCAGGAGUCGACAAGAUUCCCUCUCAAUAUAUUCAGAAAGUGACAGAAUGUCGAGAGACCUUGAAGCGCCGACAGCAGCUGGUAUCAAGCCUGAAGAAAAGAUUUUGUGGAGAAUACUCUCAAAAUGAAGACAAAACUCAUCGUAACCAGAAAUACACUGAACACAUUAUUAGAGAAAAAUGUGUUGGUGACGCCAAUGAUGAAGAGAAAAAUGGAAAGCAAAAAUCAUUCAAAGAAGUGAAUGACACAUCUGAAAUCUUCAGAUGUGAAAAAGGAAAGGAGAUAAAAACUGUCCUUACUAUAGGAGAACCUGAUGUUGGAAAAACCUUCCACGUAAAGAAGUUCAUUCGAAAAUGGGCAGAAAAUAAUGAUAAGAAAUCAGUUUCCACUUCGUUUUGGACCCGCUUUGUAAAAGCGAAGGAUGAUGGAGAUCUUAUAUUUCCACUGGACGUCUUAAAACUUAAUGGGAUAAAAGAGGAAAAAAUCAGCUUGGUGGGACUUCUUAAUCAUUUAUUCAAGGAGACCAAAGAAUCUGUCAUAUCUAACUACGAAAAUGUCAAAGUUUUAUUUGUCUUGGAUGGACUGGACCGUUAUCAACGAUGUCUUGACUUCAACCACAGUGACAUUUUGACAGAUGUCCUACAGCCAGCCUCAGUGGAUGUUCUGCUGACAAACCUCAUCAGAGGAAGUCUGCUUCCUUCUGCAAAGCUCUGGAUAACCUCCCAAUCUUGCUCCCUGCCUGAUGAGUCAUAUGACAGGAUGACAGAAAUACGAGAGAAAGAUGCCAAGGAGGAACUCCGUGAUAACCUGAAGAAGAGAAUUCUCAAAGAUUAUAAAGAUCAGAAUCAAAAUGAGAUUGACACAGAACUCUUUGUGAUAAAAGCUGUUGAAAGCAAGAAAGACGAACCACAACUUCUAAAAAGUUACAAUGAAAUAUUUGAAGCUUCGAAGAAAAACACAACACGAACAGUUCUAAUGAAGGGUGUUCCUGGUAUUGGCAAAACAUUUCAAAAAGGGAAGUUAAUGGUUGAUUGGGCAAAAGGAAACUCCAACAAAGACAUGGACUUGAUUGUGUCAUUUAAUUUCCAUCUGUUAAAUUCAAGAAUAGGCAGAUCUCUAAGCAUGGAGGAUCUGCUUAAUAGUUUCUUCCGUGAUAUGAAACCACGAAGAGUUCCCACCUAUGACAAGUAUAAAAUAGCUUUUAUCCUUGAUGGCCUAGAAGAUUGUAAAUUUGAUCUUGACUUUGAAAAAGACAAGGACCUGACUGACAUAACAGAGCAAGCCUCAAUGGAUGUGCUGCUCAAAAGCCUCAUCAAGGGGACGUUGCUUCCCUCUGCUCAACUGUGGAUCAUCUCUCAACCUUCAGGAGUCGACAAGAUUCCCUCUCAAUAUAUUCAGAAAGUGACAGAAUGUCGAGAGACCUUGAAGCGCCGACAGCAGCUGGUAUCAAAACUGAAGAAAAGACUUUGUGGAGAAUACUUUCAAAAUGAAGAACAAACUCAUCUUAACCAGAAAAACACUGAACACAUUAUUAGAGAAAAAUGUGAUGGUGAAACCAAUGAUGAAGAGAAAAAUGGAAAGCAAAAAUCAUUCAAAAAAGUGAAUGAGACAUCUGAAAUCUUCAAAUGUGAAAAAGAACAGAUAAUAAGAACUCUGCUUACUAUUGGAGAACCUGGUGUUGGAAAAACCUUCCACGUAAAGAAGUUCAUUCAAAUAUGGGCAGAAAAUAAGAAAUCACUUUUCACUUGGUUAUUGACCCGUUUUGUCACAGCAAAGGAUGAUGAAGAACUUUUAUUUCCACUGGACGUCUUAAAACUUAAUGGGCUAAAAGAUAAAAAAAUCAGCUUGGUGGGACUUCUUAAUCAUUUAUUCGAGGAGACCAAAGAAUCUGUCAUAUCUAACUAUGAAAAUGUCAAAGUUUUAUUUGUCUUGGAUGGACUGGACCAGUAUCAACGACGUCUUGACUUAAACCACAGUGACAGGUUGACAGAUGUCCUACAGCCAGCCUCAGUGGAUGUGCUACUGACAAACCUCAUCAAAGGAAAACUGCUUCCUUCCGCCCAGCUCUGGAUAACCUCCAGAUCUUGUUGCUCCCUGCCUGAUGAGUCAUAUGACAGGAUGACAGAAAUACGAGAGAAGCCUGAUGUCACAAGUCAAAAGAAAGUCAAAUCUCAGCUGAGGGAGCAAUUCACCUGGGUGUCUGAAGGGAUUGAUAAGGACAAAACCUCUUCUCUUCUGAAGGAUGUCUUCACAAAUAUCUACAUCAUAGAGGGACAGAGGGGAGACGUCAAUGCUCAGCAUGAGGUCAGACAGGUUCAGGAUGCAAAAUUCAAACCAGUAACAGAAGAAAAGCCCAUUAGUUAUCAUGACAUCUUCAAUCCUGGAUGUGAAAAUAUACCAAUUAGAACUGUGCUAACCAUUGGAGUGGCAGGCAUUGGAAAGUCUUUUGCAUCAAUGAAGUACAUGCUGGACUGGGCUGAGGGUCAAGCCAAUACACACAUAAACUAUAUAUUUCCUCUUCCUUUCCGGGAGUUGAAUUUGCAAAAAGACAGAGAGCAGAGUUUCGAAGAACUUCUUCAUCAGUUCUUCCCUGCUAUGAAGAAAUCAGAAAUAAGCAACUAUGAAAAGUACAAAGUGCUGAUUGUCCUGGAUGGCUUCGAUGAAUGUCGCCUUGACCUAGACUUCAGUCAAAAUAUGGAUUUGACUGAUGUGAAAAAGAAAACCUCCGUGAAUGUUCUGCUUGCAAACCUUAUCAAAGGAAACUUGCUUUCUGCAGCUCAAAUUUGGAUCACCUCCCGACCUGCAGCAUCCAGUAAUAUCCCUGCUGAUAAAGUUGACCGGGUUACAGAGGUACGAGGAUUCAAUGAUGACCAGAAGGAGGAGUACUUCAGGAAGCGAUUCAGUGAUAAGGAUCUACUUAUGCAAAUCUUGUCACAUGUCAAGAAAUCAAGGAGCAUUUAUAUCAUGUGUCACAUCCCAGUCUUCUGUUGGAUUACUUCAAAAGUUCUGGAGGACUUUGUGAUUCGAAAGCAAGAAGAGGGCCUGCCCAAGACGCUGACUGACAUGUAUCUUUGCUUUCUUUUGCUGCAAUGCAGACAGGCUAAUGUGAAAUAUGGUGAUGAGGAGACAAGUGGGAGUUCUGAAACAGAUUCAUGCUGGAAUACAAGGCACGAAGACACAAUCCUAUCUUUGGGAAAACUGGCCUUCGAGGAACUGGAGAAAGGAAACCUUCUCUUCACUGAAGAAGACCUGACAGAAUGUGGUAUUGACAUAGAAAAAACUGCAGUGUUCUCUGGAUUAUUUACUCGGGUUACACGAGAAGGUUGUGGACAGUACCAGAAGAAUUUUUUCUGUUUUGUCCAUUUGAGCAUUCAAGAGUUUCUGGCAGCUUUUUUUGUGUUUCAUGAGUUCAAUAACAAAGGAGAAAAUCUGCUGUCAAGACCCACCUCAGUGGUUGCAGACUUGUCUGCAUCGUACUUCUACAAGAGAGCUGUGGACAAGGCUCUAGAUAGUGAAAAUGGAGACUGGGAUCUAUUCCUUCGCUUCCUGCUUGGUCUCUCUCUGGAAACAAAUCAAAGUUUACUGAAAGACCUUCUGAAAAAGACGGAACAUAACAAAGAGACCAACAAGGAGACAAUUAACUACAUCAAAGGCAAAAUUAGUGAAGAGAUCCAGGAUUCGGAUAAAAACCUCAAUCUUUUCCACUGUUUGAAUGAGCUGAAUGACCAGUCCCUUGUUAAAGAAGUGAAAAAGAAGAUGCUGUCAGAGAAGAAGGCAUUUGAAAAUUUCUCUGCCUCCGAGUGGUCAGCUCUGACUUUUGUGCUGCUUAUGUCCGAUGCAAACCUUGAUGUGUUUGAUCUGAAAAAGUACUUGAAAUCAGAAAAAGUUUUUCUGGGAAUGUUGCCAGUGGUCAAAGUCUCCAAAACCACCUUGCUGAGUUGGUGCAAGCUCUCUGAGGAGUCCUGUACAGGUCUAACAUCCUCAGUCCUCACUUCCACGUCCUCUAAUCUCAUAGAGCUGGACCUGAGUCAUAAUGACCUGCUGGAUUCAGGAGUGAAGCUACUUGCUAAUGGCCUAAAGAGUUUACAAUGUAAACUAGAGCAUCUCAAGCUGUCAGGUUGUCAGGUGACAGAGGAAGGCUGCUUUGCCCUCGCCUCAGCUCUGGAUUCCAACCCAGCUUCCCCCCUGAAAGAGCUGGAUCUCAGUUACAAUCAUCCAGGAGACAGUGGGUCGAAGAGGCUCACUGCCAUAGUGGACGAUCCAAAAAGGAAACUGCAGACAUUGUGUUUGGACCAUGGUGGAGCACAUCGGUUGAAGGCGGGAAUGAAGAAAUAUGCUGUAGAUUUGAAGUUUGAUGAAAACACAGCCAGCAGGCGACUUGUUUUUUCUGAAUCAAACAGGAAAGUACGAACUGUAAAGACAGUGGAGGAGAAAGUUUCACGACCUGCAAAUGAUCGCAGGUUUAAGAGGUCUCAGGUGUCUGUUGAGGAGGGCUUGAAAGGCCUUUGCUACUGGGAGGUGGAGUGGAGGGGGGAAGUUGGCAUCUCAGUGGCAUAUGGAGAAGUGUCUAGAAAAUGGGACAGCAGUGGUGGCCUAGGAUGCAACAAGAUGUCCUGGAGUCUUUGCUGCUCAAAGGCUGGGUACAAAGCCGUACAUGGGAAAGAAUCCACACUUAAAAAGUUGUCCUGUUGCCAAAAAAUAGCAGUGUUUCUGGAUUGGGAGGGCGGCAGUGUGAGUUAUUACAGUGUGACAUCAGAAGAGUUGAGUCUUAUACACACCUUCUCUGCCAAGUUCACACAACCGCUCUUCCCCAGCUUCUGGUUCAGGAAGGGCUCUGUGACUUUGUGUGAGAUCGACUGAAGGACUCAUGAUGGGAGGAGCUGAGGACCUGAUGCCCUGCUGAGCAUUUAGGGUUGUAAAAGCACAAGUGCAUCAUUUCAGUUCUUUAACAAUAAUAUGUCACGCUGUUCUUGUUCAGUUGUUCAUACUGAAAGUCAAUAUUAACAGUGUAAAGGAAGAAAUGAAGUUAGAUGACACUGACAGCCUUUUUUUUUCCAACUGGUUUUAUGCAAACUUUUACAUUGUUACAUUUCACGUUUACUUAUAAUGAUCAUUGUGUUUACAUUUUUUUUGGUGAUACGUCAUAGGGCAGCUAUUCAAGAAGAAGUGUCUAUGGGUGGUUAUUUUGUGAGUAGCUCCAAAUUGUAAAAAUAACCAUGCAGGAGCAGAUUUCAGUUUUUAUGCUCCACAGAUCUGGAAUAAAUCAGAGCUACCUCUACAAAUCUAUUGUAUUUGAUUGUCUGUUUUGUUUCCAUCAUUUCGUAAAUGCUCUGUGUUUUAUGGGACUUGUAUGUUGAUAUAAAGCACUUUGAAGUCCCAUUGUGCUAGAUAAAUAAUAAUAAACUUGCCUCACAUAAUGUAUUAGUCGAUAUUUUAACAUGAAUCUGCAAAAUAACUAUUAACUAAAGUUAGAAGGCGUAAAAAAAAGACUAGUUGCCCCAGAGGUGAAGUGAAGUAUAAACUAGCAUAAACAUAUAAUGAUUAAAUUGAAUGACAUUGUAUAUAAAGUGGAGGAGCUGAUUAGAAUAAAGCCCUGUCCCAAUUCAUCCAUUAGCCCUAACACUUGGCCCUCCCCCUUUGUUCUGUGUAUGGCCAUGAAGCUGGAUGUAGGAGUAGUGGACAUCUAGCCGUUCAAACACCCCUUCAACCAUAGUGUAUUCAGGAGCCCUCAGAAACAAAGGGGUAGACCAAUCAAUUUUACAAACUCAUACUAAUAGGAGGCAGAGACAUUUUUAUUUUUAUUUUUUAAAGCUGUGGCCUAGGGGAAGAGUGGUCGUCCACCAGCAAGAUGGUUGGCAGUUCAAUCUUCACUCUUCCCCAUCUGCAUGCCGAAGUGUCCUUGGGCAAGCUACUGAACCCCUAAAAAUGAACCCUCAUAGAUGUUGAAUGCACUAAUUGUUAGUCGCUUUGGAUAAAAGUGUCUGCCAAAUGACAUGUAAUAUAAUGUAAUAAUUGACAAACUUUCAUAUCUCUGUGCUCUCACUCACAUGCAUCAACGUGGGGACCUCACCUGGAGUGACCAGCCUCCCAGCACUGCAAUGCAAAUUUCUCCAUCGUGGAAGUAAUAAAGGAUUAUCUUAUCUUUUUGGCACUCAGCUUCACUGAAACAUUAACUAAUGUAGAAAUUAAAAGCAACACAACCAUAGCUAUUGUGCACAAUGCCACAGUCGGCACAGUUCAUUUUAAUAUGAUUAAAUGUUUCCUUCCCACAAACAUAGCACAGAGAAACUGUCAAGUACCUUGAACAAAAUAAUUACAAAUGUCACCCCAAACAAGAAACUCUUACUUUGUCCAGGGCCAAUCAACUAAUUAUGCAGAGUGAUGCACUUAAAACAGACACAGGUCCAAUGCAUAUUUUCAAAUCUCUAUUUACAAAAGCAGAAAUCAAUGUACAAGGUAUCAAUUCAUUAUUCAAAUGCAUCUUCCAAAAAAAUAAAUAAACACGUGCUUUAAAAGCUAUCAGUACGUUUGAAU